CUUUUUCCGAUGAUGAUCAAUUCUUAGGUCUGUUAUUUGAUUCGGAACUGGUUUUCGUUUGCAUUGAUGUUCUCUGGUUCUGGUAUUGUUGUUCUAGAAAUGAAAUUAUGAAUCGAGCAUUAGGGUAGUUCUAUUUGUUAGCACGAUCUUGUUGGAUGGUUUGGUAAAACAUGUUGUUCGUGAAAUUGAAUGUUUCGGAGCUUGUGGAAUUGAAGAAUUGGAUGUGGUUUAAAAGCUUUGAAGCUGGAUCUAUAAUUUUUGGUUGACCAAGAGAGUAGUUCUCUGCUACUCCUGAUGGGUGCUCCUAAGCAGAAAUGGACAUCUGAAGAGGAAGCAGCUCUUAAAGCUGGAGUUGUCAAGCAUGGGGUUGGUAAAUGGCGUACAAUACUCAAGGAUCCAGAAUUUAGUGGUGUUUUGUAUCUGCGGUCCAAUGUGGAUCUCAAGGAUAAAUGGAGAAAUCUGAGUGUGAUGGCAAAUGGAUGGAGUUCUAGGGAAAAGUCUAGGUUGGCUAUCAGAAGGGUGCAUCAAGCCCCAAAACAUGACGAGAACCCUUUUGCUGUCGCUCCUUUUACUCCAAGUGAUGAAGAUAUUGUUGAUGUUAAGCCUAUUCAAGCUUCCAGAGAUGUGGUGCCAUUUUCUGGUCCAAAAAGGUCUAUUGUAAGAUUGGAUAACCUUAUAAUGGAGGCAAUAACUACCUUGAAGGAAACUGGUGGUUCUAAUAAGACAACUAUUGCAGCUUUCAUAGAGGUAUUAUUCUUAUUUUGAAGUAUAAUCCCUGUUCUACUUUUUAUUCUUUUU